AACGAGGCUUCCAAUGCAUUACUCGCUUCUCUAUUUGAUAUUGUUCCUCUCGCUUGUGUUGUGUGUACGUGCCGGUGAUGAUGAGGAUGAUUAUGAUGAUGAUUAUGAGGAUGAACAAGUCUUGACUGUGUGGAAGACAAAGACAAAAAUUGUCGACAGCCACACCCCAGUAUACGACAAUGGCGGCAGAGAAGACGACAAAGUAGAUACUGUGGAUGAGAAUGACAAAGACUCCAAGUCCGGGCAUGACAUUGAUACUGAGAUCGAUAAGGAGGAAGACAAUAGUACCGAGAGUGUUUCAUUGAACGAAGAAGAAGUCGACGAUGUUCCAGUUGCUUCUGUGAUUGCGAUUGACGAGGAGCAGGAAGAUCAGUUGAUUAAGAACUUUGCUGCUGCUAUUUCUGAAGUUCCUGCCUCUGCUCCUGCUCCUGCCUCUGCCUCUGCCUCUGCCUCUGCCAGUAAUGCUAUCAAUGUUAAGCAGGCAUCUGUUAUUUCUUCACUCACAAGUGCCCAGUCUGCUUCUCGGUCAGCCAGCUCUUCCUACAGCUCAAGCUCAACUGUGAGCUCAGCAAGUGGUCUCAAGAUUAGCAUUAGUAUAGCUGUUGCUUCAAUGAUACUUGUUGUUGCACUCAUCUUUUAACAUUAUUGACCCUAGUAAAUUUUAGUUUACCCUUAGAGUCCCAACAAUUGCAUUUAUUUUAUUGCUUUAUUUAGGUUACCCUAUUUUUUUUUAUUAAAAAAGUACAAUAAAGUGGAUUGAAUAUUCACAAAUUAGACCUU